UUUCGUGGGUGUAAGCAAAUCUUCAAAUCCCGCCAACUUCAUCAAAUGCUUCACAUAUCUAAUGAGCUUGACUGGCUGGUUUCAUACCGCAGCAAAACAUCCUCUAUAAUGGCGGUAUCGAUAGCAACCGAGCGGCAUUGACCGGUGAUUUCACCAGCAGCCAGCAAAAUAAAACAAAUUGCACGGCCUGGCUAGCUCUCUUGCUUUCUCCAUUGCUAGCUGGAAAACGCAAGUGGAAUAAUGUAUGUAACGAAUAAACUGCAAGGGUACCUUCCGGAACUAACGUUAGCUAACUAGCUUUAUUUAUUUGGAGUUCGUAGUGGUUGUUGCUGCUGUUAGCUUGCUUGCUAACGUUAGCGCAUUCACUUGCGGAAAAUGGAAAGUGUGCGGAUAGUGGCUGGGGAGAGGAGCCGAUUGGAGGUGGAUUCCCUGUCAACGUCAGUCGGAAUAUUAGACUCGGAAAUUGGACAAAUAAGAAGUGGCAGCAAGUUUUUAAAGGCCAGUGGUGGUGCACUCUUCCCCGCUGGAAAAAUAAUUGCGACCGGGGAAGAUGAUGGCGGGGGCGGGGAGACAAAACUCUUGGGACUUGCUACCACCUCCCUACUUCACAUAGCGAUACGGAACGGGAUUUACCAAAACCAGGCUGCUAACGCCACCAGUAGUGCUGCCAAUCUCAACAUGACCACCGGUAAAACACCCAACAUCUACAGCCUCGUAUCGGUCAGCAACACCAGCGUGAACUCGUUGUUGACCAGGAGACGGCGGCACAAGAGGAACCUCUCGGCCGCAGCUUCGACAACCUCAAGCCCACCCGCAGUCUCCUCCAUUGGGGGAGUGAGACCCACACUGUCCGCAUCGUCUGUCAACAACACACUGAGCCUGGAUAGAAAGACCUUGCUUCGCCAGAAGCAGGCGAAGCAGCUCCAGCCCAACGACAAGGCGUGGGUCCGAGCUGACCUCCAGCAGGGUUGUAUCCACGUCCAUGACCGACUCACGCCCUCCUACCCCCGGGCGGUACUAUGCACCGUGGACACCACGGCUGGGGAGAUAGCGGCUCGUCUGGGGCAGCUUGGAGGAAAAUGUGGAGGGAUACUAAGAAUGACUCGCAAAACAAGUGCUUAUGUUGACCUGAACGGUAACUGCAAUGGUAGCCAUGGGCAUAUUGACUACCAACUUGGUGUGAAUAAAAGUAACAACGUGAAGACCUCCUACCCGGGUUCUGUGAUCUCCUACUCAGGGUCAGAGGAGAACCAACCAGUCUCUCCAAUCAAGCGGCUUCAUAGCAAUAACAACCAUGCUCAAUAUUACCUGGAAACAAAUAUAUUACUUUCUGACUACAAGAUACCAAGCACCUCUUCCUCUGAGGUUUAUCUAAAUGACAGUGAGGGUGCAGACAUGGGCCUGAGUGGGGCCGACAGUUGUGGACUGUACUCAGGCUCAGACAUGGAGAGUAGCACCUUUGAUGAUUUGAGCCCCGGUGGUCCGCGGCCCAGCCAACACCGGAGCUCCCUCAGUGAUGCUGCUGUCCUUGGGACAAACUCCUCAGUGCUCAGCCCAAACUUAGAUUCUGCCACGGAGGAAUUGGACCCGUUUGGGAGUUCCUCAGACGAGGUUGAGCUUGACCCUUCCCCGACACACACAGCCAGCAUCCCCACUGUCACUCAGCAACAGACCCUGGAGGGGAAAUCCAUGCACGUCCCCUCAACUGAUGCCUGCAAAGCUCCUGACAACAGGCUAUCAAAGUCAAACCAACUGGAAGACAAAAACGCUGCUGAUGAAGGUGGAAAAACGUGUAGCACUGGAGGAGAACCCAGACUGAUCAAUCCCCUGUCAAGCUGUGGCAGUAACUCACUGGCCCUACCUCUGACUGGCAGAGCAGCUGUUGAGCGUGACCUGGUCGUUUCAGGGGAGCUGAGAGGGGUCCCGGGCCCAGAGAAAGCCUCCCCAGCACCGGCCCUCUUCGCCCAGCUGCACGGUGGAGCUAUGAGGAGGCUGGAGGAUGAUGAGAAGCCUCUACAGAUGCAGAAUGAGUACCUCUCUAAUCUGGGCUAUGGAGACCCGUGGCGGGUACAGGAAGAGGGUAUGGACCCAGAAAUAGGCUGUCUCAUACGCUUCUACGCAGGUAAGCCGCAGUGUGUGGGUGGAGCAGACCGGGUGCAGCUGACGGGUGUGUUUAAUGUGAGGAAGGGUAAGCUGGCCCUGCCUGUCAACCGGUGGUCACGACGACACGUCACCCUGAGUGGCACCUGUUUCAUCGUCUCUUCCGUCAAAUACGCUCACACCGGCAAGAUGCACAUCCUGCCCCUCAUCGGUGGAAAGGUGGAGGAGGUGAGGAGACACAGUCACUGUCUAGCCUUCAGUUCUUCUGGUCCCCAGAGUCAGACCUACUACAUCAGCUAUGACUCCUACACAGAACACCUCCGCUGGCACAGACAGGCUGCCAAGAUAGUGUCUCAGAGGGUGAGUUCUGUGGACCUGUCAUGUUGCAGUCUGGAGGAGCUGCCAUCUCAGCUGUUCUACAGCCAGGACCUGACCCACCUCAACCUCAAACACAACUAUCUGACGGGCCUCACACAUCUCACCAGAUUCUGCAGGUUGAGGAGCCUCAAUCUCUCUAACAACGCUCUGUCUGACUUCCCUCUGGCCGUGUGUGACAUCACCUCCCUGACAGAGCUCAACCUCCAAGGCAACCUUCUGACCUCUCUGCCCUCAGCACUGGGGACCAUGCACAACCUGCAGACCCUGCUUCUGGACGGUAACUCUCUGAACUCCCUGCCUGCUGAGCUGGGCUCUCUGGAGGCCCUGACCUACCUGGGCCUGUCCUUCAACCUGUUCAGCAGCGUACCUCCAGCCCUGGAGAGGCUCAGGGGGGUGGAGAGGCUCUGUCUGGCUGGGAAUCAGCUCUCCUCCCUGGACAUGGUCGGCCUGCAGUGGCUCCCCCACCGACACAUAGAUCUCAGGUUGAACAGGCUCCAGAGGGUGGUGGUUGGGGAGGCUGGCCUGCUGAGCCACGUGGCCCAGUUAGAUGUGCGGGACGCUGGGUUGGAGGAGCUUGACGUCAGGACCCUAUCCAGGCUGGAGCUCCUACGCUGUGACAGAAACACACUCACACUCCUUCGAGUCAGCGGCCUAGCACUCAAGGGCCUGCACACAGCACAAAACGAGCUGAGAGCACUGGAGGUGUUUCCUGUUCCAGAGAGCCUCACUGUUGUGGACGUGUCCAGGAACCAUCUGGACUGUCUGCCUGACUGGGUGUGUGAGAGCACCCGACUAGAGGUCCUAGACAUCAGCCACAACAACAUCAAAGAGCUACCCAUACGGUUAUUCUGCAGUGCUAGUCUUCGUAAAGUGCUGGUGGGAUGUAACAGUCUGCGUAGACUACCUGAGCGGCUGGAGAAAUCUCAGCUAGAGGUUCUAGAUGUACAACACAACCUGCUAACUGAGCUACCACACAACCUCUUCAUUAAGGCCCAGAGCUUGCGCUACCUGAACGCAUCAGCCAAUAAGCUGGAGUGCCUCCCUCCAGCCAGCCUAUCAGAGGAGGGCUUCAGCAGCCUGCAGGAGCUGUAUCUGACCAAUAACAGUCUGACGGACAAGAGUGUCCCUCUGCUGACUGGUCACGCCCACCUCAGGGUGCUGCACCUGGCCUACAACCAGCUACAGACCUUCCCAGCCAGUAAGAUGGCUCGGUUGGAGCAGCUGGAGGAACUGGACCUCAGUGGGAACAGGCUGAGAGCGGUGCCCACCACCAUCCUGAGCUGCAGGCACAUGCACACACUCUCUGCCCACUCCAACAACAUCACUGUCUUCCCUGAGGUCCUCCAGCUUCAAGACAUGAAGGUAGGACAGACACAACACACACUCUCUGCCCACUCCAACAACAUCACUGUCUUCCCUGAGGUCCUCCAGCUUCAAAACAUGAAGUGUGUGGAUCUGAGCUGUAAUGAGUUGUGUGAGGUAGUCCUCCCAGAGUCUCUGCCUGCUAAACUACAGGAGCUAGACCUGACAGGCAACCCUCGCCUCAACCUGGACCACCGGAGCCUCGAACUGCUCAAUAACAUUAGAUGUUUCCGUGUGGACCCAUCUCCCUCCUCUUUGUGUGGCAGUGAGGGGCCCGGGGAGCCUGCAGUCUGGAGCCACGGAUACACAGAGGCCUCUGGGGUCAACAACAAGCUGUGUGUAGCAGCCCUGGCGUUGGACAGUUUCCGUGGAAGCAGGGAGGCUCUGUACGGGGUGUUUGACGGAGACCGUAACGUUGAGGUGCCCUACCUGCUGCAAUGCACCAUGGGAGAUGUGCUGGCCGAGGAACUGCACAAGAGCAAGAACCAAGAGGACUAUAUGACCAACACCUUCCUCACUAUGCAGAGGAAGUUGGGCACGGCAGGACAGAGGCUAGGAGGGUCCGCGGCCCUCUGCCACAUCCGUCAUGGCCUCGUUGCCCCAAGCGACCGUGGCGGCGGGGGCUGUUUCACGGUGACGGCGGCUAACGUAGGAAGGUGUCAAGCAGUUCUGUGCCGUGAUGGCAAGGCCCUCCCUGUCUCCACCACACACACCGUCAGACAGCAGUCAGAGUACCAAAGAGCACGCCAACACCAUGCUAUCAUCACUGAGGACAACAAAGUGAACGGAGUGACGGACUCCACCAGGAUCAUGGGCUACUCCUUCCUGUGUCCCGCCGUGACCCCACGACCCCACGUCUCCACGGUAACCCUCACCCCGCAGGAUGAGUUCUUCAUCCUGGCCAGCCGGGGCUUGUGGGAUACCAUGUCCACCUGCGAGGCAGUGGAGGCAGUGCGUAACGUCCCAGACUCCCUAGCAGCAGCCAAGAAGCUGUGUACGCUGGCGCAGGGCUACGGCUGUCCUGACAGUCUGUGUGCUGUGGUGGUGCAGCUGAGUAUCACUGAAGACUGCUGCUGCUGUGAGCCCCCACCACCCCCACCCAGCCCCGGCCUGGAAACCCAACACACCCACACUGCUGGUAACACACACCACCACCCUGGCUACGGCUCAGCAGAUGGAACUCUACCAUUACCGCCUCCGGCGAUGGGGACAGGAAGUGAGGUCAGCAGUGAGGUCAGCACGUCGGAGAUGAGCAGUGAGGUGGGGUCGACGGCGUCGUCGGACGAGCCAGCCAAUCAGACGGAGAAGGGCGUGGCCCUGGGGGGUCGCGGGGGGGUGCUGGGGCGGGGAGCGGGGGUGUAUGGAGGUGGAAGAGCAUCGUUCCAGAGGCAGUACUCCGGGGCUCUGUCUGACAAUGGGCUGGACAGUGAGGAUGAGGAGCCUAUAGCUGGGGUGUUCUCUAAUGGGAGCAGAGUGGAGGUGGAGGCUGACAUACACUGUCUGAGAGCACGGGCAAGCUCUAUACCAAUACCCCACACACACCCUGACCCACACACCCACCUUGAGCCUGACCCACACACACACCCUGACCCACACCCCGACCCACACGCCAACCCUGACCCGCACACACACCCUGACCCGCACACACACCCCAGCCCUGACCUGCACACACACCCCAACCCUGACCCCCACACACACCCUAACACCUCUUUCACACAGCAGCCUGAGCCUUUACCUCUACCCUCCUGCCAGUCAGCCCCCACCCCACCCUCGUCCCCCCCUCAUCCGUUUCCUUACCAUCAGCCCAGCCCUGACCCUGAGACUAGCCCUGACCCUGUAGUAGAAGAGGAGCUGAGGGCUGUAGAGACAGACACUGUAACACCCAAACACACUUUUCAGGGACAGGAGGUGGGGCCUGGAGAGACUGGAGCAGGGUUGUGUGUGAUUGGUGGAGAGGCGCAGUUAGGUGCGGGCUCAGGCUCUAGCUCGGCCAGUAGGACUCUGGGUGGGACUCUGGGGCGUAAGGGGCGGGGUAACGGCUCGGUGGCGUGUCAGGGAAGGAGCCAGGAUGUGAUAGAAGAGGUGGGCGACGCUCCCGUCAGGAAGCAAGGAGGUUACUUCAACGCUCCGGCCCAGCCGGACCCUGACGACAAGCUCGUCAUUCCUCCCGAGCUGGAGGAGGAGAUCCGGGAGAUCAUGAAACAACAACAGGAGCAGAGUCAGACACACCCCCAGGGCCACCAGACACACCCCCAGUCACCGCCUGCAGCAGAAUAUUACGUCACGCCCUUCUAGCUCACCAGACCGUUCUGUUACAACCCCUUCACAGCACAUUAGACCGCACCUGUGAAGAAUCCCUGCUACGCCGAUUUAUAGAAUGUCUGGAGAUGAGUUCCUGUAUGGGUGUGUCCCAAAUGACACGCUGUUCAAUAUCCCAAUGAAUGGGAUCAGAGGCUGAGGAGUUACGGGGGAAACAUGCACAGUCCCUCCCGAAACACACCGACCCUCCUGAAGAUGCCUCAUACCUGCUAAUGGCCAGCAAUACUUGUUUUAUUCUGUUAUUAUUUUAUAUUCCUAACUAUAUGACCCCAGGAAGUAUAAUGCAUUUUUAUAAACACAGGCAUUAUUUACUUGCUUCACAAUGUUCAAGUUAAUUUUUUAUCAUAUUUUGUGAUGAAUGAAGGAAUUGAUUAGGCACUUUUUUUAUGCAGACUUUUAUUUGAACUAAUUAUAAAGCUGAAUGAUACAUUCUGCUAGACUGACUGAACUAUUAUAAAGCUGAAUGAUACAUUCUGCUAGACUGACUGAACUAUUAUAAAGCUGAAUGAUACAUUCUGCUAGACUGACUGAACUAUUAUAAAGCUGAAUGAUACAUUCUGCUAGACUGACUGAACUAUUAUAAAGCUGAAUGAUACAUUCUGCUAGACUGACUGAACUAUUAUUGCUAGAGACCUGUUUUCUUUCUGCCAGCCAGCAAGGCAGCCUGACUGUGGCUCCCUCCCUAAUGGCACCCUGUUCCCUAUUGCAGAGCCCUGGUCAAAAGUAGUUCACUAUAUAGGGAAUUGGUUGCUAUUUGGGACACAGACUGUGUAUGGUUGCCUGUAGGCCUCUAAAGUAGACUGAUGCUGAGAGAUAAACUAAAUCCUAGAAGUUGCAUACUCUUAAGUGUGACCUAAUAAUUGACGUGUACUAAUCUUCUCUAAGAGAAAAUACUUUUUUUAAUUUCAGAAGAUUGUUGACAGACAGAUGUCUGAGGAAAGGAGGGAGGGAGAGAUGGAUGGGGAGGCAUAGGUAGAAGUAUAAGGACUCGGGAGAACACUGGAAAGGGGGGGAAUACUGGUAUUAUGCAGCUCAAUGAAUGUGUGGGGCCUAUGUGAUCUAAUGAACUCACUUCAACAAAGGCAUUGUUCUAUCUAAGCUAAUCACACAGGAAAGCUACUUUUUCUAUAAUAAAUCUACAUUUUCAAAUAAUUA